AUGGCUUGCUUGCCUCCAGCGCGCACCUCAGCAAUUUGCCGUCCGUUUUCCUACGUAGGCGUCGACUAUUUUGGUCCGAUUCUCGUCACUGUUAGAAGGAGCACCGAGAGGAGAUACGGAGUGUUGUUCACCUGUUUGACAACCAGAGCGGUGCACCUCGAAAUUGCGUACUCGCUGUCCACAGACUCCUGCAUUUUGGCCGUGCGUAACUUUAUGGCUCGCAGAGGCAGCCCGUUGGAGAUAUGGAGUGACAACGGCACAAACUUUAAAGGUGCUGAGAGGGAGUUGAAGUCAGCAUUUGCUCUCCUGGAUAAAAAUCUGCUGACGAAAACCUUCACUUCUGCGGCAACAAACUGGCGUUUUAUACCACCCGCAUCGCCACACAUGGGCGGAGCCUGGGAGCGGCUAGUUCGCUCAGUAAAGGACGUACUUCAACGGAUUUUGACAACUAGCCAUCCGAAUGACGAACUUCUACGUGCCGCUUUAAUGGAGGUGGAGAUGACGGUCAACUCACGACCAUUAACUUAUAUUCCUGUCGACGAAGACGACGAGGAGGAAGAGGCGCUUACACCUAACCACUUCUUGUUAGGUAACUCUAGUGGUAUUAAGCCGAUCGCGGAACCGGUUACUGAGGGCGUUUUAAUGCGUCGUAACUGGCGAACAUCGCAACAACUCGCAGACGCCUUCUGGAGACGUUGGGUUACUGAGUAUUUGCCCACAAUCACUAGGAGAACCAAAUGGUUUGCGGAUGUUAAAGCCAUCGAAGUCGGUGACAUUGCGUACAUAGUGGAUCCUAAUAACCCAAGGAACUGUUGGCCAAAGGGUAAGGUGAUCGAGGUCCGAAAGAGUGCCGAUGGAAAGGUAAGAAGCGCUACGCUCAAGACAACUUGUGGCAUCUAUGAAAGACCUGCUGCCAAAAUAGCCGUUCUAGACCUGAAGAGCUCGGUACAUCCUGAUCGGCAGCAUAUAUCAGGGGGGAGUGUUACGAACGAUCUGGCAGCACAGUUGGAAUAA